AUGUCGGAUUUCACAACGUUGACCCGACUGGAAUUCGGUCUGAAUUUCGAUAGUCCACUGAGACCAGGUGAACUUCCACCGAAUCUAGAGUAUCUCUAUCUCGGUGAGUUGAAUCAGGAGUUACCAGUUGGAUCGCUUCCACCGAAACUAAAAGAAAUCGUCUUUGGCAAUUCUUACAAUGUUUUCAUACUACCGAAUGUACUGCCAAGUUCACUGAAGAGAAUUAAAUUUGGAAGUAGUUUCAAUCAGUAUUUAGUGGCGGGAGUGAUACCGCUUGGUUGUGAAACUCUUUGUUUCGGUCAUCAAUUCGAUCAAACCAUCGAAGUGAACGUCAUUCCACCGACCGUAACCACAUUGAAAUUCGGAUUCUUCUACAACCGUAGAAUUCAACAGGGUGUUCUGAAAAACGUUAAAUCACUUACACUAGGUUAUCUUUUCAACCAGACCGUUGUGUUUGACGACCAAAAGCAAUCGUUUCUAUCACGUUUAGUUGGUGGAGAAUCAUUUAUUCCUAGUACACUCGAGUAUCUGGAGAUUGAUAAUACUCUCGGUGGCAUGAUGGUCAAUAGACCACCCGCCAAAACAUUGAAAUCGCUCAUUUCACUUUCAGUCAAUUUUCAUUAUACCGAACAAUACAGCCAUUAUUUAGUGCGAUUCAUCGAUAAUGAUAAUUCUCUGGUGAUAAGGCGGUCGACAAUGGAAGGUGGAAUCAUUCCAAAAUCAAAACUAUUUAAUUCAUUUGCAAUGAAAAAUCUAAGUAUAAUGAGAGAAAUUCAUGUAUUUUCAACAAAUAUUAAUUUCGAUUAA